AUGUCCGGAGUGCAAAUCCACUCGUUGUCCAAAUCACCCCCAAAUAACAAUGUGAAGCUCAAUAAGAUUUCAAGUCAAAUCACACAGAACAAGGCUCAAGGGGGAGCGCAAGCUAUGUUGUACGCCAUCGGCCUUCAAGAAGCAGAUAUGGAUAAACCACAAAUUGGAAUUUCUCCCAUUUGGUGGGAAGCUGCGGACAUUUAUAGGGAAUCCGUGUAA